AUGACGGCGCCCGGCAACAUCUACGACGUGAUCGUAGUCGGCGGAGGAAUAUCAGGGUUGAGUGCAGCCAAGCUGUUGCUCGAGAGCGGACUGAGCCCCGUGGUCUUGGAGGCCCGCGACAGAGUCGGGGGUCGAACCUUCACCGCGCGGAAUCCAGAAACCAAAUGGGUGGACCUGGGCGGGGCUUAUGUGGGUCCGACACAGAAUCGCAUUCUCCGAUUGGCCAAACAGUACGGCAUAAAGACGUACAAAGUCAAUGAGGAGGAGAAGCUACUGCAUUAUGUCAACGGAAAAACUACUACGUUCAAAAGCUCCUUCCCACCCUCAUGGAACCCCUUUGUCAAGUUGGACUUCAUCAAUCUAUUCAGGACCUUUGACAAGAUGGGAAAAGAGAUACCCAAUGACGCCCCCUGGAAAGCCCCCCAUGCUGAAGAGUGGGACAAUAUGAGCAUGAAGCAGCUCAUAGAUAAAAUAUGCUGGACCAGUGCCGCUCGUCGUUUCGCCACGUUGUUUGUCAACGUGAACGUGACCUCCGAACCCCACGAGGUGUCGGCCCUCUGGUUCAUGUGGUAUGUCAAGCAGGCGGGAGGAACCAUGAGGAUCUUCUCCACCUCCAACGGAGGACAGGAGAGGAAGUUUCUAGGUGGAUCGAGUCAGAUCAGCGAAUGCAUGGCCAGAGAACUAGGCGAUCGGGUCAAGCUCCAAUCUCCGGUCUUCAGGAUUGACCAGAGUGGCGACAUGGUGCUGGUAGAAACGACAGAUAAGCAGGCCUACACGGCCAAGUACGUGAUCGUGGCCACGCCUCCUGCCCUCAACCUAAAGAUGCACUUUAACCCUGAGCUUCCCCCAUUGAGGAACCAGCUCAUCAACCGCGUCCCUAUGGGCUCAGUCAUCAAAUGCAUGGUGUACUACAAAGAAAACUUCUGGAGGAAAAUGGGGUUUUGCGGCAGCAUGAUGAUUGAGGAGGAAGGAGCCCCCAUUGGACUGACGCUCGAUGACACAAAACCUGACGGCUCCGUGCCAGCUAUUAUGGGAUUUAUCCUGGCCCGCAAAAGCAGGAGACUCUGCGGGCUCACCAAAGAAGAAAGAUUCAAGAGGAUUUGUGAGAGUUUCUCAAAAGUGAUGGGCACUGAAAAAGCGCUGCAUGCCAUCCACUAUGAAGAAAAGAACUGGUGUGAAGAGGAGUACUCGGGAGGGUGCUACACAGCUUACUUCCCUCCGGGCAUCCUUACCCAGUUUGGAAGGGUGCUCAGGGAGCCAGUGGGGAGGUUGUACUUUGCAGGCACUGAGACCGCCACCGAGUGGAGUGGCUACAUGGAAGGUGCGGUCCAGGCUGGAGAAAGGGCAGCCAGAGAGAUUUUGUGCACCAUGGGAAAAAUUCACCGCAGCCAGAUCUGGCAGUCGGAGCCGGCAUCGGAGGAUGUGCCCGCUCUCCCUUUCACGACCACCUUCUGGGAAAGGAACUCUCCUUCGGUGGGCGGCUUGGUCAACUUCGUGGGCGUGUCCGCCAUAUUGUCGGUCGCCACGUUGGCUGGCGUCGUGGCUUACAAAAAGGGUCUGGUUCCACGGUGUUAA